AUGGUCAACAGAGGCGUUGCUCUCGUUACAGGUGCUGCAAAAGGUGCUGGUAGAGCUAUCGCCCUCAGACUAGCUUCCGAAGGCUUCAAAAUCGCAGUCCAUGAUCUUCCCCGCAACGGAGAACAGCUACUCGAUGUACAUAGAAAUAUUCAGAGGCUUGGACAACAUUCUGUUGUUCUAACUGCAGACUUCACCGACGAAGAUCAGGUAAAGAACUUGGUAGAAGGCACCACGAAAUGUCUCGGUGGACUCGACGUUAUGGUAGCUAAUGCCGCGGUGCGAGAAGCUGCCCCCCUCACUUCGACUACCGCCGAAUCCUGGAAUCGGAUAUUCGACGUAAACGCUCGCGGCCUUUUCUUCUGCUACAAGUACGCCGCCCAGCAGAUGAUCUUACAACGGAAAGGAGGACGUAUAAUAGGAGGUUCCUCUACUUGGGUGGAAAAGGGUGGUUCUUUCAUGAGCGCCUACUCCGCUUCUCAGUUUGCCGUCCGUGGUUUAACAGAAAGUGCUGCAUUAGAGUUGCAUGAACACGGCAUUACUGUAAAUUCCUACGCCCCACGCCAGAUCUUCCACGAGGCCAAUCCCGAAGUAACACUCCCGAUGUUGAACAGUAAUAAUUCAUAUAUCCAAUCGUCAGCAAGGCCUGAGGAAGGAACUCUGGCCCAUCGCAAUGCACCACAAGCGAUCGCUCAUCUCGUUUCUUACCUCGUUUCCGAAGAGGCGCACUACAUUACUGGUCAAUGUAUCGGCAUAGAUAGGCAUAGAGCAAUAUCUUCUCCUAUAAAUGAAUCACGAAAUGGAACUGGCGAGGACAUGGAUGGGACAAACUAA